AGCAUUCGGCCCCAGCUGACCUUUGCGGGUAUGGGCCAUGGAGUCCCUGCCAGAGUGGGGCACCGCCAACCAGUCCUAUGGCAUUGGCUAUCAUGACCAUGCCAGAAGAGCUGCGAUGGACCAGAAGCGCGUGGCUGGCGUGUCGGCCUUCGAAGCGGCCUACGCGGCGGCGGCCAACGACUUCCCGCGUUUCGAGCGGCAGAUGAUCAAAAGUAUCUUUGACAAGGAGAUCCUGGCAGGGACAAAGAAGCCUCACCCUGAGCUGCUGAAAAGGUAUCCGAAUCGGGAGCUGCCUCAUCCCGACGACCCCUAUGCUCGCACACUGCGACCGCCCAGUGUCCGUUCGACACGGUCCAGGCGCUCUGACGCGAGCAGGCAGUCAGCCGGAAGCCGAAGGAGCGCGGCCUCCCUGGCGGGCUCCUCCAUCGCCUCCUCGGCCUUCUCUGCACCGCCCAGCGGCUACAUGCGCCAGAUCCGGACGCCCAACGGGAUGUAUCAGACGUCCAAUGCCACCUUCGGCGCGGGGGGGCAUGUGGGGCCGGAGCCGAAGCCCGGGAGGGAGGCCUGGAUGCUGGGCCGAGGUGGUGGUCAGCAGUCCUCCUUUGACAACUGCUUGGUCUUCAAAGGCAGCCAAGUGCCAUGGUGCGACCAAAGCAGGUGAAUGCUGAGGACCGGCGUCAAAUUUGAGUUUCCAGGCGAUUGCUGGAGUACGAGAAGGGGGUCAUGACCACAUGUUCGGUUGGAUUGUGUCGUGUUUUGCCC